AUGGACAAGACAGAAAGAGAAGCUCUUGAAUUCAUGAACGUGGAGAGCUUCUCCCAGCUAACUCCCUUUAUCCGACCACCACCACCACCACCACCUGUUAAAGAAAAGCCCAUUCGGCUUUUCGGCAAAGAAUUUGGCGGUGGUAGUAAUGCUACGACCACCACCGACAUGUCCGAAUCCAUUGACAGUAACCCUUUUCAUGACGAACCUGAAACAAAUACUGUGAAUCCUGCCAACUAUGCUUAUAAAGAAAGUCAGAGGAAAUAUGAAUGUCAAUAUUGUUUUAAAAACUUCCCAACUUCUCAAGCCUUAGGAGGCCAUCAAAAUGCACACAAGAGAGAACGCCAGGAUGCCAAACGAGCUCAUCUUCAGUCUGCCUUAGCGCAUGAGGCAAGUAUAUAUGGGAUAAUGAACCAUCAUCGCCUUGGUGAACCAGCAACUCCUAGUACUACUCGUCAUUCAACAUGGAACAACAUUAACAAUAGUACGAGGUUUUAUGGAAACCAUCAUGUCAAUAAUGUUAUUAGUCCUUAUUCUCAAACUCCUAUAAACAGAAAUCCAUUGGCAUUUUGGCGGAUUCCUUCAGCAGUUCAUCAGAAUUCUUCUUCUAACUUAGGGUUUCCUAAUGAUGAUUUGAAGCCUUUUCCAAUGGUUAAAAGCCCUAAUUAUGAUAGCAGAUUUGAAUAUGAACCCAAGGGAGGAGUUCAAGAUCAUUUGAGUUUAGAUUUGCACUUGUAA